AUGCCGCUGGAUUCUCCAGCAAAGCUCGAGUAUCCUCUCCACUGGGCAGCAUACACAAAUGAGCAAAACGAUCUGAAAGAGCUUCUUCGGAAUAAAUCCACGCUGGAAAUUGACAAAAUUGAUCCAAGGGGAAGAACCGCGCUGAUGCUCGCCGUCACAAUUGGUCAUUUUGAUUGUGCACGUCUUCUGAUGGAAUCCGGUGCUGACGCCAGUAUUCCAAACAAGGAAAUGUGGUCAGUAUCGAAUGAAGCAGUUGCUCAAGGAAAUGAAGAAUUCGUUCAAACUGUCAUUCAACACCGCGAUUUCCAAAGAGCUACUCGUGGCUCUCGGGCAAUGAAAAGAUCUUUAGAGAAACUGGGAGAAGUUCCCGAUUUUUUCUGCGAAAUGAAUUGGGAUUUCUCCAGUUGGGUACCAUUUCUAUCACAAGCAUGCCCGUCGGAUUGUCAUCGUAUUUACAAAAAGGGAUCGAGUGUUCGAAUUGACACGACAUUAGUUUCAUUUGAAGGAGCCAGUUGGGUACGAGGAAAUCAAUCAUAUAUGUUUCGAUUGAGUAAUGACGGAUAUGCUGAAUUUAUUGUUUUGAAUCACGACGAACGAAUUGCUGUUGUUCAAGAACUUCGAGAUGAUGAAGUUAUCAAUGAGUACCGUCCGUUGCCAGGCGCAAUGGAUGAUAGGCUCAGAAAUCCCAUUUCAACUACUUAUAUUGAUGUUGAUAAUAUUGGCUUCGAGAGAACGUCACGUGGAUUCUUGUCAUGGUUUACCAGUGGAGAAUCGAAUGAAACUGUCGAUAAAUAUGAGUGUAAAGUUCUCAAUGCUUCCAACGUGCAUCUCGUCACAAAACGACGUUACGAUCACUUGAGUCAUGAAGCUCGAGAGCGUCUCGCCCAGGAAGAGGCGUCCGAAUCGAAGGCCGUCGCCAGUUUCAAGAAAAUGAUGUCGACGAACAAAAUGGAUGAGAAUACUACAAGAGAUUUAUUUGCGGAGGGAUUGACUCCAGAUCAAUAUUUGGAUCCAAACUAUGAAUUCGAGCGAGGGUGUGAUAUUGGAAAAAAGAAAGAAGUCGUGAGAAGAUCGAAUGCGUUCAAGGCAACAUUGUGGAUGGCUGAUGAGUAUCCAUUGAAUCUUCAUGACCAAAUAAUCCCAAUCGUCGAGUUAAUGGCAGUGAACAGUCCCCAUUUUGCCCGACUUCACAAAUUCAUCCGUCUCCAACUUCCCGCUGGUUUCCCCGUUAAAAUUGAAAUUCCACUUUUCCAUAUUGUCAGUGCACGAAUUGCAUUUCAAAAUGUGAACACGCCUGGAAAAUAUGUGACUCCAAUCGAUGAUCAAAACGUGGAAAUCGACGAAAAUGCAUUCAGAAUCCCUGGUGGAUAUGUGAUUGAUGAUGAUGAUAAUCGAUAUGGAAUCACUUGGGAAGAUGAUGAUGAUAGAAAUAAUCGGAAUACACGGAGUGUUGGAAAUGGGACAAUUCCACAGGGAAAUAGAGGAAGAGGUUUGGGAAAUAAUCUUUCUGACGAUAUGAUGCUCCAAAUCGCCAUAGAGCAAAGUCUCCGAGAAAGUGUCGGUGCUGAAGAUACACGAACACAAGAACAGAUAAUGGCGGACCUCGAACAAAUGCAAAGUUUUGUCGCUGUCCCAGCGGCGAAUUCUGCUGAAACCGAAUAUUUCCGUGCAAUUCGUGAUUCCCAAGUGGAAGCUGAUCGUCGUCGGAGAGAAGAAGAACAGUUUGAAGAGCAACUUCGACAAGUUCUUGAAUUGAGCAAGCAUGAACAAUAA